GUGAUAAUGAUGAAUGCUUUUAUUAUUUGUAGCUCAUUUAGGAGAAACUUUCAUUGUAAAAGCUGUUGUAGCAAAGCUUUUUGGUUGCGUAGUGAUAAGUUGCCUGUCAAGUAUGAUUGGUUUUCAGCUUAUCACUGGAAACAAAGUUCCAAACGAAAUUUCUCUAAAAGAAAAAUAGUGCUACUUGCUGUUUCCUUACCCAACGAGACAGAUGUGGCUAUUAUUGGUUCAGGAAUAGGAGGAUUGGUAACUGCAACCCAACUUGCCAAAAAAGGAGUUCGAGUGUCAGUAUUUGAAAAGUAUCUUAUUCCUGGAGGUAGCUCGGGUUAUUUUACGAAGAAUGGAUUUACUUUUGACGUUGGUGCCAGUAUGAUAUUUGGUUUGGGUAACAAAGGAACUACCAAUACUUUGACACGAGCGCUUGCUGCAGUUGGAAUAGAAUUGGAGACUAUUCCAGACCCUGUUCAGAUACACUAUCACUUACCUGAUAAUAUUGAUAUCCGAGUACAUAGAAAUUAUGAACAGUUUCUGGAAGAGCUACAAACACAUUUUCCGCAUGAAAGACAAGGAAUUGAAAACUUUUAUGAUGAAUGUUGGAAAGUAUUUCAUUGUUUGAAUUCGAUUGAGCUUCUAUCUUUGGAGGAACCCUAUUAUUUGUUUCGAGUAUUUCGAGAGAAUCCUUUGGCUUGUUUGGGACUGGCCAAAUAUUUACCAUUGAAUACUGGAGAUAUUGCUAGAAAAUAUAUAUCGGAUCCUGUUGUUUUAGCAUUUAUUGACUUAGAAUGUUAUUGUUGGUCUGUUGUUGAUGCUAACAAGACUCCUAUGAUAAAUGCUGGAAUGGUUUUUGGCGAUCGUCAUUAUGGCGGCAUUCAUUAUCCAAAGGGAGGAGUUGGUAGUAUUGCUCGUAACUUAGUCAAAGGUUUGGAGUCGCUGGGAGGCUCCAUACAUUAUGGAGCUCCAGUCGUUGGCAUUCUUUGUGACCAUUCGAAAGACUCUUUUGGAAGAAAGCUGACUUAUACAAAAGGUAUUCAACUUAAGAAUCGACAUAUUGUAACUUCCCGAUAUGUAGUUUCCAAUGCUACUCGUUGGAAUACUUUUGACCAAUUGCUACCUGAUGGCUUUCUUCCAGUUAUGGAACAAAGAUGGAGAGAAAGUUAUCAAAUGUCUCCCAGUUUUCUAAGUAUUCACGUUGUAGUGGAUGCGAAUCGACUAUCUUAUCCUAUCACAGAUUGUCAUCAUAUUGUGUUGGAGAGUUGGAAAGAAAUGGAAACUGCCAAAGAUGCACAGGGAACUAUAUUCUUAUCUAUUCCAACUGUAUUGGAUGCUUCAUUGGCACCUGUUGGAUAUCACAUCUUUCAUAUAUUUACUCCAAGUUGGAUGGAAGAAUGGACCGGAUUAUCUCCUGAAGCAUAUAAAGAAAAGAAACAAACUCUCAGCAACCAUAUUUUGGCUCGUUUAGAGAAGAAAGUCUUUCCUGGUUUGACAAGUGCCAUUCAGCAAACCACUGUUGGUACUCCAAGAACUCAUCGUCGUUUUCUUUCCAGGCUGGAUGGACAAGCAUUGAAAAACUAUAUUGUGUAGGCGAUAGUACAUUUCCGGGACAAGGACUUAAUGCAGUUGCAUUUUCUAGU